AUGCUUGUUGGUUGUGGAGCUCCGAGUGGUUCCAGACCAGAGGUUCUGCUUAUUACCAGGCCUGGUGACCACCCUAUUGGUAGGGCUUUAGAAAUCCCGAAAGAGACUUUUGAAAGUAUUUCUACCCUCUACCAGGUCACUUUUGGCAGUACUGCAGAGUGGUGGAAACGUAAAAGUUUUAAGCGCUCAAAUGGGUACGAUGCUGCUGAUGUGGUGGAUCACACACCCCCAACCUGUCCCGAGCAAAUCAAACUCCUGCCCCUGAGUCAGGAAACCCCUUCUCUUCAUCAAGACACCCCACCUCCCACUACCACCGGUCACGAAUCCCGCAGCACUAGUGAAGAAAAUGCGGAGGGGACCUCUGUUAUCAUAACGACACCACCUGCCGCACCCACCACAACCGUCACGGAUUCGAGGGACUUAGAAGCUGGUAUUCGAAAGUCCAUUACACCGCUCGAUCACGUCGAUGGAGAUGUAGAAGCGGUGGUUGAAGAAGCAGAGGAGGAGGAAGAUAUUGACAAGGUUGUUGCCUUGGUAACGCGUCCACGAAGCGGUGCUAGUGGUGGAAGUCUUCUCCGAGUUCAGAAGUCGGUGGUGCAAGAAGCGGGGGUCAGUGGCAAAGAGCUGUCCACUCUAGGAUUCAUUAAUCGCAGUGACUAUUGGGAACAUUCGGCUUUUGGAAGAUCGAGGAUAACGGCGAUCGUGCUUGCAUUUGUGGCCGUCUGCUGUCUACUUUACUGCCUGGUUGCUACCACCUGGGCGUACAGUGGACCUCGUAAGUACAAUUCUUAUCUGAUAUGUUAG